CUAUGACCAUUGUGGGUUUUUCUUUCAUUAACCGAGGGGUACCAACAGUUUUGUCCACGUGUGUAUUUGGUUCCCACGGUGACCGGAUGUGGCAUGGGCGCACUCUUCUGGGCCCCUACAGACUUGGGCUGUGUGCCCCCACAUUGCAGUCUCAGUCUGCUGUGUCCGAUCUCCGUGCAUGAUCUAGAGGUUACCAUAUGAGCGGCUGCGAGAGAGUAAUGUCUGUGGAUGAUGUUUCCAGUCAAAGCGUUCUCCACCACUCAAGGAUCCUCAGAGAUGUGCACUGCCAGGUAUUUGAAGCUGCACACAAUCUCUACAAGUGAUCUGUUCAUCCUCUGCUGGCUUCUCCCAAAGUCCACCAUCAGCCCCUUGGAUUUACUGACGUUCAGCAGCAGGAUGUUCAUCUGACGCCACCAUGACAGACUGUCAACCUCCUCUGUUUACAUCUGCUCAUCAUAUUUUUGCCAGGGAUUCCAUGCCAGCACAGGUGCUUAGUGAGUAAGGUUGAUGUCUCAUUAUAUUUUUACAUCCUUAUAUCACAAAUCAAAUUUUAUUCAUUUGACAAACUGAAGAUAUGUGUGUCAGCAUCCCGAUGAUUUCUAAUUCAUCAAAACAUUCAUUAUAUUCCUUUUAAUUAAUUCCUCCAAAGUAAUCAUUAUAUACAUUGUAUGCAUCUGUACAGACAAGGACAUAAACUGCAACUUUACUGACUGAUGGAAGAACACAGCUCCGAGGCUGUAAGGAUGAAUGAUUGAUUGACUGAAUUAAUGACUAACUUGUACCCUCAGCUGAACUGCUGUAGCUCAAAGUGUAAAAGUUGGGCUCAAUGUCCUCUGUAAAAACCAUAGUGAGAUGUGAUGAAUGAAGGUCACAUUAGAAUCUAGGUCAAGGCCAAUCUUUAAGAUUCUUUCAAGUACCGAGCUGCGAUUAAAAUCAUGCCAACUCAGACUUUGCAGUGUUGAUUGGAAGCUUUUCCAGACACCUAAGCUCAGACAGCACUUUAAUGCUAACACUUCAUUCUUUUCUAGCAUAGUUUAGUGCUUAACCCAAAGACUGCUGUCAAUCUCUCAAAUUCUUGAAAACACAGAGCUGCUGCAACUCCAACUUUGCAGUUUGUGGGAAGAUUUAGUUUCUACUAACCAACACAUUUUGAUCUUUUAGGUAAUGUGUAUUUAUGCAUUGAUUUUGACAACAACUUCAUAAAGAGACUUUUGAAGAGAUGUAGAGAUACAAUUAGAUGUACUGGAGGAUGUCAUUUAGAUAACAUUCUGUGGUUAAAUUAAAGACAGAAAGGUCAGGCCCAUGUUUGGCAAUCACUACUCAGGAUGAGCCUCUGGAAACUGAUUAACUUUUAUUGCCUGGAUAUUGUCAAAACCUGUGGAGCAGUCUCUUGAAACAGGCAUUAACCAGGUAACUAACAUCAAGAUGGCAGACUUUGGAGAGGUUCUGAGGAACAUUGGAGAAUUUGGAUUAUUCCAGCAGAUAAAUCUGUUUGCACUUUGCUUUCCAAAUAUAAUUCAGUCUUUUGCAGUUGCAAGUUUACUUUUUGUCGAGUUCGAUCCAGAGCGACACUGUAACACAGACUGGAUCCUCAGUGCUGGUCCUAAUCUGACCACAGAGGAGCAGCUGAACCUGACUCUGCCUCGGGAGGAGGACGGGAGCUUCAGCAGGUGUCAGAUGUUCGUCCCUGUGGACUGGGACAUCGAUGCCAUCAGAGAAAAUGGACUCAAUGAGACCACCAGGUGUCUGAAUGGAUGGGUGUAUGGAAACACGCUGUAUGAAGCCACCAUAGUCACUGAUUUUGAUCUGGUCUGUGGUCGGGGUAACAUGGUGCAAGUGUUACAAACAGUGUUUAUGGCUGGAAUGGUUCUUGGUUUCCUCAUUUUUGGACCUGCUGCUGAUUCGUUCGGUCGCAAACGAGCAAUUCAAAUUCCAACAGUUAUGUUGUUGGUAUUCAUUGUGACAACAGCCCUAUGCCCCAAUGUCUAUUUAUAUUUAGUUUCCCAGUUUUUAGUUGGAGUUGGAACUGGAGGAUAUCGAGUCAACUGUAUUGUACUAACCACUGAAUGGAUCGGGGCAUCCAAAAGAUCAUGGGGAGUAGGUGUGGCUCAGCUAUUUGGUGCAAUCGGACAGUGCGUCCUCGCUGGUUUGAUCUAUGGCGUCCGAAAGUGGAGACUGGCUCAACUAAUCUCAGCAACUCCCCUUGUCUUGACUGUUGUUUACAUAUGGUUCAUUCCAGAGUCAGCCAGGUGGCUGUUAAACAGAGGGAGGACAGAAGAGGCUAAAAAGCUCAUCAUCAAAGCAGCAGCCAUUAAUAAACGUCCCAUCCCAGACUCUCUGCUGGAAGAGAUUAAAGUGACCAACACUGUGAAUGACGGCGGCAUUAAAUUGAUUUUUGGAUCACGACUACUGGCCAGAUAUUUCUUUAUUGUGUCACUGGCAUGGUUUUCACUGAACCUUUCCAUCUACUCCCUAUAUUUUGACAUGGCAAGCCUGGGCUUGAGCAUAUUUGUGACACAGCUCCUUUUUGGUGUUUUUGAAGUACCUGCUCUUUUACUCUCCAUGUGGCUAUUGGAGAUUUUGGGGAGAAAAAUAUUAUUCACAGCAGUCCUUCUGAUUGGAGGACUCUGUUCCAUGCUGAUCCUGGCUGUUCCUGAAAGUUAUGCCAUUGCUUCGACAUGUUUAGCUGUCGCAUCACGUGUCUGCAUGAUAUUUAUGGCUUCUGUUUGUGCUGUCUAUAUGCAGGAGUUGUUUCCGACAUCGGUUAGACAAUCAGCAACAGCUUUAGGAUCCAUGGCAGGGAGAGCAGGCUCUAUAGUGGCUCCACUGCUGAACAUGUUAUCUGUGUACCACUGGGCCAUACCCAUCUCCAUCCUCAGCAGCUUCACCAUCAUCAGCGGAGCUCUCGGCCUCCUGCUUCCUGAGACCAGAAACAAAGAGCUUCCAGAAACAGCCAGUGACGCCGAGGGCAACAGGUUUGCAAGCAGCAAGCAAGUAAAUCUGGGUCAACUCCUAACACCUUUAUCAAAGCCAUGAAUGUGUGUGACCUGUAUUAUCUGUGCUUGUUAGUGAAGUGUGCAAUAUAAUAACUCCUAACAACAACCUAUUCAGAAAACAAUGUUAUCCUUGCCAAAGUUCUAAAUCACAGCCAUUUUUCAAGAUGGCCGACAAUGUCAUCAUUUUGGAUUGUUUUGAAUUUCUUUAAACUAAGUUAUUCAAUUUUGAUGAUAUUAACAUUGUUGCAUGCAUUUCGACACCUCACAAUUCUAUUAUGGCAGCCGAAAGCAUCAGUGAAUCUAAGUCUUGAUAAUUCAAAUCCUAAUCGAAUACCAAAUGUCUUUGAAUUAAAUGAAGUUUGAAUGAAACAAAGGUAUUCUACACUUACUGUUACUGUUGGGACUGUAAAACACUGUGAAUUGAUGAGCUGCUACUGUGAAUUAACAGAAUUUGAAAAAAGAUUUUACUGUAGUUGGAAGUAUAUAUGAACACAGACAUAUGUUUGUUUUUGUCUGAUGUCUGCAGGACGGACUUCUAAACCUUUACCAGGAAUGCUGAAAUAAAAAUGAUAUUGGUGCUUGUAUGACAAUAUGAAUGAUUCUUGUAAUAUUUGCAGUUAUCUGGCCCACUAAUUACAAACUGUCACUUUACAGCUUGUGUUAUUUCACUAAAAUUAUCGGACUGAAUUGUUUGCUUAUUUGAUUUAUCUUGAAUAGACACUGUCGCACAUUCAACAUAUUAUUGGCUAUGUUAAUAAAUAUGUUUGCAAGAGCUGUCAAUUAAAAACUUUCACAGUG